ACACAUGUGGCUGGCUGAGUAUAGUGAAUGUAUGUGUAAUACCAUCAGUUGUUUGACGAGAACGACGGGUGCCGAUUGUGAAUGACAUUUUUAAAACAAAAUAUCUGAAGAAUUCAUGACACAAAAUCGGGUUAAAAUAUAUAUUUACCGCUAAACAUCUCACAUUUUUUGUAUGGAUCAGUUUAUUUUUGUAGUUUUGUUUAGUAUAACCUCAAUCUUUAAUUCAGUGCGCUUUCGCGGCAAUUAGUGAUUUUGAAUAUGGAAAGAAGCAAUAAAAGUAGUCCGAGGAAACAAAUUAUAACAGCAUUGUUAGCAACAAUUCCUUCAUUCACAUACGGCAUCCAAAUAGGAUGGCUUUCACCAAUGGGGCCUCUCCUCAAAUCUGACCUCAGCCCUUCUUCAGAACCUGUAAAUGACAAGGUCAUAUCGUGGAUGGCAGCCGCCUUGCCCCUGGCCGGGAUAUGUGGAAUACCAUUCUUUAGUUUCGCCUCUGACAGAUUCGGCAGAAAGAUUUGUGUUAUUGGUGCGUCACUUCUGUCUUGCGUGUCAUGGGCAAUAAAAUUGAGUUGGAUCACGCCUACAGGCCUCAUCAUAGCCCGCAUAAUGGCCGGCCUAGCCGCCGCCGGCUGCUUCGUGGUGGUCCCUGUCUACAUCAGAGAAAUAGCUGAGAGCAAUCUGAGGGGAGCCCUGGGCUCUCUAGUGAUGACCGUGUGCAAGCUCGGAGUUAUAUUUGUCUAUGCCGUCGGCAUGGCGAUGUCGUACGCGGGAAACCAAGCUGUUUAUUUGUCUUUGGCUGUAGCCCAUGUGAUACUGUUUUGUUUUAUGCCAGAGUCUCCGAAUUAUCUGCUGAAGAUUGGGAAGGAAAAGGAAGCCAUCAGAACGGUAGCUUGGUUGAGAAGCGUGCCCAAGAGCAGCAAGCUGGUGAAGGACGAGCUGGACCGGCUGAAGGUGGAACAGCGAACCUUCGACGAAGCUCCCGCUGUCACUGUUAAGAGUGUUGUGCGCGACAAAGCCACCUUCUCCGCCCUUCGCAUGGUAAUGAUGCUGAUGGCCAUGCAGACCCUGUCGGGGUGCUUCGCUCUCAUGAACUACGCGGCGGACGUGUUCAGCCGCGCCGGCACUCAGUGGAGCCCUAACAUGCUGGCGCUCUUCAUGGGCUCCUUGCAGCUGGUCGGCGCGUUCUUUACCACCAUGUCCAUAGAGAAGUUUGGACGAAAGAUUCCCCUGGCAAUCAGUUCCCUGCUAGUGUCCCUAUGCAUGGCGACACUAGCGACGUGUUUCCUAGUUGGCAGCGAGUCCGUGCGAUGGCUUCCUGUGGUGGCCGUAUGCCUGUGCAUCUUGGCCUAUGGAGUGGGACUUGCUCCAGUGCCUAUGGUCAUCAUGGCAGAGGUUUUCACAUUCCAGAUGCGCGCACGCAUGGCCGGCGCUUCAAUGGCGUUCUCUUUCUUCUGCAGUUCCAUGACCGUGAUCUUCUACACGCCCGUCGCAAACCAGUUUGGGCCUUACGUAGUCUUCUAUACAUUCGCUGCAGUAACUUUAUACGGUUUUCUUUAUACCAUUUUGUGGGUACCGGAGACGAAAGGCAAGAACUUGGAGCAGAUUCAGAGCUAUUGGAAGAAGCCGGAGCCAGUGUUUGUAUAGCGUUAAUUUCUAGAUUUGUUAGUACUUAUAUGGUCAAUUCACGGCGAAGAUCACGUCACGUGAAGCGACAUUUUAAUUAAUUAAAUUUAAAAUCAAUUAAUAUUAUUUAUUUGUAAAAUAUUCAUCUGAAAGCGUUCAUGGAAUUAAUUAUAAUGAACGAAUGAAAUGAAAAUGAAUAAAUGAAAUUAUCAAAGUGCUCAAAUCUAUAGCAUUUAAGUGUGUAUUGAGAAUGUUAUUUUUGUAUCGUGUUUCAUAUUAAAAAACGAUUCUAAGACUGUCAGAAGAUGCCUGCAUAUAUUAAUAUAUGUUAAAAUUUUAUAAACUUUAUCAAUAAUAGGAAAAACUUAAAAAUUCUAUGUCGUCAAAUAAAGGCAAUAACUUGUGUAAUUGAAAAAAUUUAAACCCGCACGCUUUAUGCACAGGCAUGGCUCGCGCGACGCCGUUUAUAUAGCGCGGAAAAAAUAACGCUAUCCCCGUUUCAUGACAUAAGAAAAAGAGAAAAGUGAUCAUACAAAGAUAUGUAUAUUUUUAAUUAUCUGACAAUUCGCUUUUUUGCUUGAUUGUCAGACUUAGUUUAAUACUAAAUCUAUGUUGGUAAUAAAGACAAUGUAAACUCAUCGAGGCUUUUAUCUGGCUGUAAAGAUAAAGUAAGUAAUAAUAUCAACUCAAAAAAGUUAAUCUUUACCUAGAUGUUAAAUAUUCAAAGACAUAUCAAAGGUUAUAAUAAAUUUGCCUCUAGACGAUGGCAUAUUUAUAUUUAAGUUAUAAAAAAAAGAAUACAUACCAAAUAAAAUACACAAUUGUA